CUUCUCUUUGCAUCAUGUGGCUCUUUUCAGCUACUUCCUCUUUUGCUACGUAUCAAUACUCACAGCUCUAUUUACUUGCCACCACAUGCCCAGGGGAGACUUUACGAAGAGCAGCGUGGUUAAAGAUAAAAACUUGAUCAGUCAUGGAUGGAGAUCUGCUGUCUUUGUCAUCUUCCUCAUCGUUAUCAUCCUCAGCAGCAGCAGUAGCAGCAGCAGCAGCAGAAAUACAGCCAGAUACUUCACCCAAGAGUGACAGCAGCCUCCCUCAGAGUCAACAGGAACACAAAUCAACUGAAGUAUUAUGGGCGGAGGAUGUGGGUCCCAUGGGCGACGGACUGCUGUCCACCGAGGAGCAGGUGACUCUGAUCACUGAGAGUCUGACAGUCACCUCCACCGACCAGGAAAAACUGCUGCUGCUCAACAAGAACACCGAGCUGCGCAGAGUCAACAAAGAGCUGAUGAAGCUGAAUGAGGACUGGGACCAGGUGUACCGUGGUGCCACGCUGGGUCUGCAGCACAGAGUGGAGGCUUUGGAGCUGGAGAACAAUGCCAUCAAACAGCUAAACAGCAGACUGCUCCUCAAAGUGGAACGUCAACAAAGUGCAAAAGAGUAUUAUGAACAGGCACUCAUGCAAGAGUUAAAGAAGAACCAGGAGCUGCAGGAGUAUAUAAGAUUGUUGGAGAACAGGAUGCACCACCCAGAGAGAGACUGCACACCUGCCAAACAGGGCAGCAGUUUCACUGCGUCAAGCUGCAGUCCUAUGUUGAGCCCCCCAACUAAUCCUAACCCUGGAGGUCCCGACCUGUCACGCAACCACAUCUCUGGGUACAAUCCCUCAUCCUCCUUCUUCCCUGCCUUUUCUAGCCCAGAGGCGGGAUUGCAGGGAAAAAGCCAAAGUAGCAGCAUUCCAGUGGGAGCACUGGGAGACUCCCAGCAAGAAGUGCAGGACUUAAAAGAGCAGCUGGAGGCACUAAGAUGUCAGACCCAGAUUUAUGAAGCCGAAUAUCAGACAGAGCACAGCGACCACAAGCACACACUGCAGGAGAACCGGAGGCUGAGGAGGAAGAGGGAGGAGAUGCGCCAACAGGUGGCACUGCUGCAAGAACAGCUCAAGGUUUAUGAGGAUGACUUCAGACGGGAGCGGUCUGACAAACAGAUGCUGCAGCGGCUGCUGUUAAAGAAGACGCCUCCAAACAAGGACCCGGUGCUCGUUCACCGCUGCAAUAACGAGCAGCGGCUGCUAGGGGGAGACAAGAGGACACAAAGUGGAGAGAGAAGGAAAGAGCACCACCCACUCUGCCCCAAACACCUGAACAAAGAGUCAGACUGAGGCUGAGAGGCAGAAAAAAAACACACAAUCACACACACAGAAAAUUAAGUCAAUCAAACGAGUUUCGAAUGAGAUUCUCCAAGUGUGAAGAGACGCAUAUGCAAUGAUUUAUACUGACUCUUAUCUGUAAAAGCAGCAACGCAGAGGAAGUCCAUUCAAACUAUACAUUCAACAGAGACAUUAACCAACAUUUGCACCUCUAUAUAGCUAAUAUCAAUACAUCUCUUUCUGUCAAUUAUGUAUUUUACAAUUCAUGACAGUACCCAUAGUCAUUGUCUGCUCAUUUUGGUACAUUUUUUAAAGAAUUUGAUUUCAAACUACCAGACAACAAACUGUACAAUAAAAUAUGUUUGCGGUGACCUCAGGAAGUUAGAAGUAGAAGUUAGAAGUUAGGAAGUACCUAGGCAGGGUUACUCUAAAGAAUCAUGCAUUAUCUCCUGACUGAGGUCAUUUUUGCUUUGUGUGUCUAGAAAUCUGAAAGGUUUACUGCUGCUGUUUCCUGGUCACUAGGUUCCUGUCACAGAUUGCAAAAUAUUCCUUCCCACUUCUUUGUGAUAAAGGUGAUGUCAUAAAGUGUAUUUUGUAAGAUGGGUUAGUUAAUGGGUUGGUUAAUCUAUACAUUUGCUUUGAUUUCUGUUCAUUUAGUCGUUGACUUAUUGGUUGAUCUGCGGACAACGGAAUGAAAUCAAGAUGACAUCAUAUGUCAGCAGCAGCAGCAUCGCAUGUUUCUACUGAAGGAAUUUCAAAUAUGAACGCUGCUGUUUGUUGACCACACAGACAAUCUGCAUCCUCAAACUUGUUUCUAACACAGUUUUUAGAAAAACAAAACUGACAGCUCAUUUGUACGCUGCUCAUUAUCUCUAUCCCUUCCUAUUUAUAAAUCAAAUAAAUUCUUAUACUUGUCAUUUUAA